CUAGCAGUUUAUUUAUUUUUCUGUUUCAGAAUCACUUAAGUUAAUAAAAUGUCUGCAAAUAAAUCUAUUGCUAGUGGAAUAAGUUGUAUGGCGCAACUAGGUGCAACAAUGGCCGGAGAAGUAGCGGGGGUUGAAAUAGAAUUGGACAAACACACAAACCAGCAGACAGACAGUGAGAGUUUUGAAUGGAAUGAUUCAGAAGAGGAGCGUUAUAGAGACUGGAUUAGGGAACAGGUCCAGGAAAAAGCUCCUGCCGAAUUUGAAGAAUUUAUGGGAGAACAGCUGGUCAGACAAAGGUUUCGAGAACAAACUGAACAAAAUGCCGAUAAUCAGAUAAACUGGGAAGACGAGAGGGAGCAAGCAUAUAGAGCAAAGUAUAUUCAGAUUAGAGGUAGUAGAGAUGAGAUAAAUUGGAAUACAGAUACAGGAGAAAGGAAGGCGCAGGAGAGAAGCAGGAUGCUGACUGCGGCAAGAAGUAAGCAGAAGCUAGAAUGGGAUGACCAGGACGAAAAAGCUUGUAUGGAAAGAUACAGAAAGAAGUACUGAGAAUUCCGAUAAAGUAUUAUAUUAAUUUGUUCAAUAGAAUACAUCGAAAUACAAAUAUAAAAGAAA